AUGCCUGUCUCAACGUCCCCAGAAGAUUGGAGAAAGAAAGCGGCAAGCUACAAGGGAAUGACAGGCGGCUUGAACGUGAAGCCGAUUACCGUCAUGCUCGAGUGCUUGAACUCUCGCUUCCCGCUUGCAACCGCCACAGGUAUCUUGGAUGAUGGCUGCGGCCCGGGCCCAAUUAUGUCGCGCAUCAUUGACGAGUUUGGCUCGAGCCUCCCUGAGUCGUGCACGCUGAUUUGCUCGGAUUUUGCGCCGGCCAUGGUGGAACAAGUUGAGGAAGUCAAGAACCGCAAGAUCAGCGACGAUGCGGACUCGCUGUGGAAUCGGGUGGGUACUGAAGUCCUCGAUUCCAUGGAUUUGCAUAGCGUCGACGACGAUUCACUAAGCCACGUUGCGGCGGGAUGGUCUUUUUUCAACGCCAAAAGUCCCCUGAAGGCUUUGACCGAAGCGAGGCGUGUGUUGCAGCCAGGUGGCGUCCUGGCGGCUUCGUCGUGGGCGGAGACGGAUUGGCUCAAGAUCUUGAGAGCCAUAACCAAGAUUGACCCAUCCCGCAGCCCCCCCUCUAUUCCAGAUGACUGGGCUAAGGCACCUAAGCUCAAGGAGCAGCUGAAGACGGCGGGGUAUCUCAACGUUGAGGUAUAUGAGGUACCAGUCGACAUACCGUUCCGGUCGUAUGAGUCGUUUGUCGAGGUGAUGAUGACACGUGUCACGCAGAUGAUGAAUGCAAGCCAAGAUCUCUCGGAGGAGCAGAAGGCGAAGUUGAAGAUUUUGAUGACGGAUGAGAUGCGGAGCCUGUGUCCCACGGAGCCAGGAGUUUUGAAGGCAGUUUCGCUUGUGGCGGUUGGGAUAAAAUGA